GAGUGACUGGAGAAGGAAGGAAAGGAGCAGUUCUUGGCACCACUCCCAGCCCCAGCCUCGGAGGAUGCGGCUCCUUGGGAAACUGCGCGCCUCUGCUCCGGAGCCUGCUUUCUCCAACGUGCUCACCCCGGCCCGCAUCCCCGAGUUCUGCAUCCCCCCCCGGCUGCCCGCGCCCUGCGCACCGGAGUCUCCGCCUCCGGCCGCGGCUCUGCCCCGGCGCUGCGCUGCUGAGCCAGACCUGUGGCCCGGAGGAGCCUACGGUGCCGCAGGGCACACAGACUGGGACCCGCGCUCGCAGGCUGCGCUCUCGCUGCCGCACCUGCCGCGCGCGCGCACCGCCUACGGCUUCUGCGCGCUGCUCGAGAGCCCGCACACCCGCCGCAAGGAGUCACUUUUCCUCGGGGGCGCCGGCGCCGCUCCGCUCCUGCCCCCGGGCGCAGCCCCGGGCCCCGAACCCGAGAUCCCCGCCGGCCCCCGUCCGACCCCGGACGUGCCCGCGCCGCCGCCCCGCGCCCACCGCCUCCUGCGCGCCCCCGAAGGACUGCUGAGCCGCGCGCUGCGGGCCCGGAGGAGCCGUGGCCUGGCGCGCGCCCGCUCCGUGUCAAGCGGGGACGACGACGACGACGAGCGCGGCGCCGGGUCGCGGCCCCGGGCCCGGGCCCUCUCAGUGUCUCCGCCGCCGCCGCCGCCGCCGCCGCCGCCACCGCCACCGCCACCGCCUGGCCCCGACCUGCGGCCAGAGCUCCUGGAGGCCGAGGGCACCGUGGCCCUGGGCCGCGCCGGGGGCGCCCUGCGCCUGGCCGCCGAGUACAGCCGGGCCAGCGGGCGGCUCCGCGUGCGGCUUCUCGGCGCCGAGGGCCUGCCCGCAGGGACCGCCGAGCCCCGCGCCGUGGGCUGCCGCGUCAGCUUCGUCCUGCGCUCUCCGGGCAAGACGCGCCCGCAGCGCAGCGCCGUGGUGCGGCCGAGCCGCAAGGCCGCCUUCGACCAGGACGUGUGCCUGGACGGGCUGUCGGAGGAGCAGGUGCGCCGCCUGGCCGUGCGCGUCAAGGCGGAGAAGCGGGGCCGCGGCCGCGAGCGGGGCCGCGGGCUGGGCCAGGGCGAGCUGCUGCUGGGCUCCCUGCUGCUCCCCUGAGGGCGCCCGGGCCUCGGCCCUCCCCUUGGGGUGCUCUCCGCGCUGGGACCUCGGACCCGGACAGCCCCUUCGGACAAAAU